UCUGACUGUCACUCAGGCUCCCGCCACCUCAGUAGGUCUGUGACUAAUUUACCCGACAGGCUCGCUUCUUUUAGCUGUCUCAUUGACACCAGUUCCAUGGUUUUCGCGCCACACUAUUGCCGGUCAAGCUGUGUUUUUCUACAUCGUGUUCCUUCAGUCACAUCGGCAGGGUAGAAUCUACAGACUAGACAGUGGUUUCCAUGCCGAUCGGAAAAUUAUGAUCAAUCGCCGAAGCUCAGUCUUCCAUAAUUCUAUCACACUCGCGAGUAUAUUUGAUUCUUGCAUUGACUAUUACUCUUCCUAACGCGAAUUAAUGACCCAAAUGAUGCGGUUAUGACUUCCCGAGUGCGACGAUUCUCUCGAGACACUAUACGACCACAUGUACUGACGUUUUAGGGUGCAUGUAUCCAACGGAGAAGUCGAAACAUAAAUGCAUAAAGGGAGGCGACUUUUAAAAAGCAAAUUGCACCUUGGGCUUCAACUUUCAGCUCAUUCCUUCCUCAGCUACACUACCACACUUCAUACAUCUCACAAGCACAUCAUGAAAUUUUCAUCCGUCCUCUUCUCCAUCUCCGUCUUUGUCCUCUCCGCUUUAGCACAAACGACAGAAACCCUUUCGUAUGAUAGCACGUACGAUAACGGCUCCCUCUCCCUUUCCAGCGUUGCUUGUUCAGAUGGUGCCAACGGGCUUCAGACAAAGGGAUACACGACCCUUGGAUCACUUCCCACAUUCCCUAACGUCGGCGGUGUCUACACCGUGACGGGGUGGAAUUCCGCUGCGUGCGGGGCUUGCUAUAACGUCACAUACGGAGAUAAAUCUGUUGCUAUCCUCGCGGUGGACGUAUCCAAAACCGGCUUCACUGUUUCAGAGACGGCCAUGAACACCUUGACCGGUGGCCUGGCCGUUGAGCUGGGAAGAGUGGAUGCUACGGCAACCCAAGUGGAUGCGUCAGUAUGUGGCUUGUAGUUGCAUUGUGUCGGAGUGUAUCGGAAGUUUCCUUCUGCGUCUGGACUCUGAGUGCCAGAUAGACAACAAUGUUCAAGCUGAGACUUGGAACUUACGGUUUCGAUGGACUUGAAUCGCAUAUCGAAAUUAACUGAAUAAACGGACAACGGGUUCUUUGUGGAGUGGCUUCUGUAUGUAGACUACGGUUAUUUGGACUUAUCGACUUUGUACUUACCUGCAUCGUCCAUGGAUAGUUUACAUAGUGUCAUAGAGUUGACAGUGUUACAGACCAAUUGUAGAUAUCGCAGCAUAUUCCAGACAGCAUUUUGCGCAAAACUCGAAGGAGGAUGAUGCGGACCUGACUUGAGCGGUACCCCGACAUGCGAGGUAAUAUC